AUGGCAAUGGCUGCAGGGCCUUUUGUUCUUCCUGGGCAGAUAUUAGACUCCAAAGAUCUGCCAUCGCAUCCUACGCAGCCUCUCAAACUCGGUCCUGGAUUACGACAUAUACCUCCGAGCACCAUUACUACCAUUGUCGCUGGACAAUUAUACACGGACAAGAGAAAAAAUGCAGUAUGGGUGGAAUCUAAUGGUGGCCGUUACACUCCUACCAUUGGUGACCUCGUCAUAGCGACCAUCCAAAAAAGUUCCGCCGACGUCUACUAUGCCAGUAUCAGCGAUUAUACUCCGAAUGCCACACUUCCGCAACUAUCAUUCGAGGGUGCGACGAAGAAAACUAGGCCUCAAUUAGCAUUCGGUGCUCUUGUCUAUGCGCGUGUCACCCUUGCCAACAAACACAUGGACCCAGAGUUGGAAUGCGUCUCUUCAUCAACAGGAAAGUCGGAAGGACUAGGGCCAUUGAGUGAGGGGAUGCUCUUCGAUAUAUCAUUAGCCAUGUCUAGAAGGCUCAUGCUACCAAAACCGGCCGACCAGGGAGCUUUGGUACUCUUGGAGGAGCUUGGGAGCCAAGGCAUAUCAUUCGAGACAGCAGUGGGGCGAAAUGGUAGAGUGUGGGUUAAAAGCAACAGUGUCAAGGCGACGUUAGCGAUUGGCAGAGCGGUUCAAGAGACGGACGAGAAGGUACUCAGUGUCGAAGGUCAGAGAAAGCUAGCAAAGAAGGUUGCGCGAGAUACAUAA